GCGGGAGGGGGCGUGGCCGGGGGCGUGGCCUGCGCGGCCGGUGCGUCGGGCGGCGGCGGGAAGAUGGCGGCGGGCGCGCGGGGCCCGCAGCGGGGGCGGCCGGUGCGGCGCUGACGGACGGGACCCGCCGCGACCUUGACCCCAGCCCGGCCCGUGUGGCAGCAGGAUGGAGAGGGGGGUCUGGCGGCGCCGCCAGGCAGCACUGGGAUCCGGGGGUGCCCCCCGCCGCUGCCCGUGACCACCCCCCUUCCCCCCCCCACCCCCACCGAUGGAGAGGAUGAGCUGGCUGAGCAAGCUGAACCCGCGGGCGGCCGGGCAGCGUGCCCCCCGCAGUGCCAGCCUGCAGAGCCCCGUCACCGCCGACCCCGAGACCUGCCUCAUGGUCUUCAAGAACCACUGGUCUCAGGUGCUGCGCAUCCUGGAGCGUCGCGGCUGCAAACCGGCCCCCGACGACCUCAGCGCCGUCCGCAACAACACCUACCAGAUGCUGAACCUGCUGGCGGAGGACCGGCCGCGGGGGGAGGCGGCGCGGGGACCCAUCCUGGACUUCGUGGCCUCCGAGAACCUGCUGGAGCGGCUGCUCUGCUGGCACCUGCAGGGUGACUUCACCGAGGAGCGCAAGGUGGAGCAGCUGAAGCUCUACGAGAUGCUCAUCAGCCAGGCCCGGCAGCCCCUGCUGCGGCACAAGCCGGUGCUGACGCCGUUGUUGCGGUUGCUCAGCCUCUGCGCCGAGCCCACCUCCGCCCCGCUGGAGAACAGCCUGGUCCUGCUUCUCAACCAGCUCUGCGUCUCCGUGGCCAAGGAACCCUCCAUCCUGGAGCUCUUCUUCCACAGCCACACCGACCAGGGCCCCGCCAACCUCAUCAUCUUCUCCCUCCUCAUCCCCUUCAUCCACCACGAGGGUGUCCUGGGGCAGCAGGCCAGGGACGCGCUGCUGCUCAUCAUGGCCAUGUCCGCCAGCAACCACGCCGUGGCCAAGUCCAUCACCGACAACUCCUACUUCUGCCCGGUCCUGGCCACGGGGCUGAGCGCCCUGUACUCCUCCCUGCCCCGCAAGAUCGAGGCGCGGGGGGAUGACUGGCACUUCCUGCGCCGUGAGGACUGGAUCGGCGUCUCCUCCCUCGUCCUCUUCAUGAACUCGCUGGAAUUCUGCAACGCCGUCAUCCAGGUCGCCCACCCCCUGGUGCAGAAGCAGCUGGUGGACUACGUCCACAACGGGUUCCUGGUGCCCGUCAUGGGGCCGGCGCUGCACAAGACCUCCAUCGAGGAGAUGAUCGCCAGCACGGCCUACCUGGACCUGUUCCUGCGCAGCGUCAGCGAGACGGCGCUGCUGAAGACCUUCCUGCGCUUCGUGCUGCUGCACCGCCACGACAACGCCACCAUCCUCGACACCCUGGUGGCGCGCAUCAACAGCAACUCCCGGCUCUGCAUGGUGUCCCUGAGCCUCUUCCGGACGCUGCUCAGCCUCAACUGCGAGGACGUGAUGCUCCAGCUGGUGCUCAGGUACCUGCUGCCCUGCAGCCACGUCAUGCUGAGCCAGAAGCGGGCGGUCAGGGACCUGGACAUCUACGGCAAGACGGCGGCCAAGUUCCUCUCCCUCAUUCCGCGGUGCUGCCGCCCCGAGAGCCUGCCGCCGCCGGAACGGGAGGAGGAGCACGCCGCCUGGGCCAAGGGCCACGGCAGCCCCAGCGUGGACACCUCCUCGGUGGUGACGGUGCCCAAGCCCUCCACGCCUUCCCGCCUCUCCUUCUUCAUGCGGCAGCAGAGCGCGGCCCCCGAGGUGGCCGCCCCCGCCCCGCGCUCCCCCGGCACCCCCUCGGGCAGCCCCUGCCACCGCGCCGGCCGGUGGGAGGAGGUGUCGGAGCUGGACAGGAAUUACCUGGAGUACCUGCGGGACGCGCGGCGCAGCAUCGACCGCUGCGCCUGGGCCUGCCGCGUCUGGUCGGCCCCCUACGACGGCGAGGAGCCCAGCGCCGACCCCAGCCCCGAAGCCCCCCGGCCCCCGGGACCCCCCACCCCCCGGACUAAAAAGCGGGGGUUGCCGGAGGAGGGGGCGAGGGAAGGGCAGGGGGGGUCCCCCGGCAGCGGGGGCGGCGAGGACGGCGCGGGGGGGCCCGGCCCCGAGACGCGGGACUCGGGGACCCUGGUGAACGGGGCGCACGGGCCGGCUGAGCCGGGGCGGCCGGGGGGGGACGUGGCGGUGAAGAAGGUGCGCCGCAGUCCCCACGGUGAGAGCGACGGCGCGGGGACCCCUCCCGAGCGGGAGCACCGGCCCUUGCCGACGCAGAACGGCGCGACGGGGCCCCCCCGGCCGCAGCCCCCGGGCUGGGAGCCGCUGCCCUCGGUGGACUCGCUGAUCGAGGAGCUGCUGGCCCGCGCGCCGGCCGAGCCCAACGGGGCCGGCGUCACCAUCGAGGCCUUCACCGAGGAGCUGCGGGAGAUCGAGGCCGAGAUGAAGAACGGCGGUGGUGGGGGGUCCCUGCCCGCCCCCCCGGAGCCCCCCGAACCGCCGCUGUCCCGCGAGGAGGAGGAGGCUUUCGCCAGCUUCGCCGCCCUGCCGGAGGCGGGGGACGCCGCCGGCCGGGCAGCGGCGCCGCCGCGGGUGCCAGACCCCCUGGCCCAGCUGGUGGCCAGCCCGCCGCGGGCGGUGGGACCCCCGCCCAGCCAGCCCUUCACAGGUCCCUUCGUCUCGGUGCUCUUCGGGAAGCUGGAGAACAUGCUGCACAACUCGCUCUACGUCAACUUUCUGCUGACGGGGCUGGUGGCCCAGCUGGCCUGCUACCCCCAGCCCCUGCUGCGCUCCUUCCUCCUCAACACCAACAUGGUCUUCCAGCCCAGCGUCAAAUCCCUGCUGCAGGUCCUCGGCUCGGUGAAGAACAAGAUCGAGAGCUUCGCCGCCAGCCAGGAGGAUUUCCCGGCCCUGCUCUUCAAGGCCAAGAAGUACCUGAUCGCCCGGGGGAAGCUGGACUGGUCCGACGCGCCCCCCGUGCCCUCCCUGCGCCGCCCCGAAGCCCUGGCCAAGAGCCGCAAGCCGUCGCUGGGGGAGCUGAUCCUGCGUCACGCCAACAGCCCCACGCGGGCGCGGGCGGCCGCGGCGCUGGCCCUGCAGCACGUCCGGGACGGGCCGGUGUUGCAGGCGUUGGCCGGGGGGGCCGGGGGGCUGCGGGGUUCGGCCGAACGCCAGAGCCAGGCCCUGCGCGUCAAGAACGCCGUCUACUGCGCCGUCAUCUUCAGCGAGUUCCUCAAGGAGCUGGCCGCCAUCGCCCAGGCCCACGCCGUCACCUCCCCCUUCCUGACCGAACCCCCCGAGGAGUGACCCCCCCCCCAACCCCCCCCCCCCCUCAAAAACCCCGGCCGGCGCCUUUUUAACCACCCCCGGGACACGGACCUUUUUAAUUUAUUGGGGACGAAUGUUUGGCUGAGAACGUGCUGCAAUAUGUACAGGAGUGACCGGCCGCCCCCGCCGUUUGCUCAGCGUUGCGGGGUGGGGGGGUGAGGGGGGGGGGGCGGCGGCAGGGCAGGACCCUGGGCGGCCCCAGGGGGGGCUCGGUGGGGGGCCGGGGGCCGGGGCGGGCUGGCUCUGCCCCCCCCCUCUGCCCCCCACCGCUCCCCGGGGUGCGGGGGGUGCUGGCCCUCGCCCCCCCUGCCCCCAGCUGCUCU